AUGGCUUCUUUGAGGAGUUCACUUGUGAAAUUAAAUUUCUUGGUAUUGGAAAAACUUCAUCAGUAUGGCUUUACAUCUUUGCCUUCUUUCUGUUUGAUGCAAUGUCUCCCUUUGGCUGGAGUACUUUCUCACGGAUGUGUGAUGGAGAAUUUGAUUUGGGUUCUUACUGCACUCAAACAAGUAUCAUUAACAUCAAACCUCAGUCACUUUGCUUAUCAACAUACCCAAGUAAACAGCCUAUCUGAACCUUUAAUAGCUACAAAGUCUGCUCGAAAGAGCCAGCAAACAGAUCUAGAUCAUGCCAGCUUCCUUAGCAAAUUGACAUUUUCUUGGAUUAAUCCUUUACUAAACUUGGGUUCCUCAAAAACAUUAGCUCUUGAAGACAUCCCUUCUCUGGUUUCAGAAGAUGAAGCAAAUUUGGCAUACCAUAAGUUUGCUCAUGCAUGGGAUUCAUUGUCAAGGGAGAAGAGCUCAAGCAGUACAGGAAACCUGGCUCUCCGAGCGAUAGCAAAAGUUUACAUGAAAGAAAACAUAUGGAUAGCCUUUUGUGCAUUCCUCAGGACCAUUUCAGUUGUAGUAUCUCCUCUUAUACUAUAUGCUUUUGUAAAUUAUUCAAAUAGUGACAAGGAAAGUCUCUCUGAAGGCAUCACUAUAGUGGGGUGCCUAAUUCUUACCAAGUUGGUUGAGUGUUUGAGCCAGAGACAUUGGUUUUUUGAUUCAAGGAGGUCUGGAAUGAGGAUGAGGUCAGGUUUGAUAGCGGCAAUCUAUCAAAAGCAGCUGAAACUUUCUAGUAUGGGAAGGAGAAGGCACUCUGCUCGGGAGAUUGUAAAUUAUAUAGCAGUUGAUGCCUACCGAAUGGGAGAGUUCCCAUGGUGGUUCCAUUCAACAUGGAGCUAUGCACUGCAACUACUCCUCUCUGUUGGUGUUCUUUUUGGGGUGGUAGGUCUUGGUGCUCUUCCUGGUUUGAUUCCUCUCAUCAUUUGUGGUCUCCUGAAUGUGCCGUUUGCAAAGGCAAUUCAGAAGUUUCAGUCCCAGUUCAUGAUAGCUCAAGAUGAGCGAUUGAGAGCCACUUCUGAGAUCCUGAACAGCAUGAAAAUCAUUAAGUUACAAUCCUGGGAAGAGAAGUUCAAAAGUUUGGUUGGUUCCCUUCGUGAACAUGAACUCAAAUGGUUGGCUGAGUCACAAUUUAAAAAAGUUUAUUGCAAUUUACUAUAUUGGAUGUCACCUACCAUCAUCUCUUCAGUUAUCUUUAUGGGAUGUAUCCUUUUCCAAAGUGUCCCUCUAAAUGCAAGUACAAUAUUCACAGUUCUAGCUUCAUUAAGGAGCAUCGGAGAACCUGUCAAAAUGAUACCAGAGGCUCUUUCAGUAAUGAUCCAAGUCAAGGUCUCAUUUGACCGGCUAAAUGCUUUCUUGGUCGAAGACGAGCUGAAUGAUGAUCAAAUAAUGAACUUAACGUCACAGAAAUCAGAUGAAAGCUUAAGAAUUGAAAGAGGCAUUUUCAGCUGGUAUCCUGAAUCAACAGUUCCAACUCUGAGAGAUGUGAAUUUAGAAGUGCAAAGGGAGCAGAAAGUUGCAGUUUGUGGACCAGUUGGAGCUGGAAAAUCAUCACUGUUAUAUGCUGUACUUGGAGAGAUGCCAAAAAUUUCAGGAGCUGUUGAUGCAUUUGGAACUAUAGCCUAUGUUUCUCAGAUUUCUUGGAUACAAAGUGGGACGGUUCGUGAUAACAUACUUUAUGGGAAGCCAAUGGACAAGAACAAAUAUGAGAAGACCAUAAAUGCUUGUGCUCUGGAUAAGGACAUUAAUAGUUUUGACCGUGGUGAUCUUACUGAAAUAGGCCAGAGGGGGAUUAACUUGAGUGGAGGACAGAAGCAGCGGAUUCAGCUGGCGCGAGCUGUCUAUAGUGAUGCUGAUAUCUAUCUCCUUGAUGACCCCUUUAGCGCAGUGGAUGCACAUACUGCUGCAAUUCUAUUUCAUGACUGUGUCAUGGGUGCUCUAGCAAAGAAAACUGUAAUUCUGGUGACUCAUCAAGUUGAAUACCUCCCAGAAGUUGAUAAUAUUUUGGUAAUGCAAGGUGGACAAAUUACUCAAUCUGGAAGCUAUGAGAGUCUUUUGACAGCUGGAACAGCAUUUGAGCAGCUUGUGAAUGCUCACAGAGAUGCAGUAACAACAUUAGGACCUUCAAAUUAUCAAAGCCAAGAAGAUAUGAUUCAGAUAGAGGAGUCUUACGGGACUUGUGUCACUGGAAAGAACAGUGGUGGGGAUAUUUCUUUGAAGGGUGCACCGGGGGUGCAACUAACCGAAGAAGAAGAGAAAGAGAUUGGUGGUGAUGGAUGGAAGCCCUUCUGGGAUUAUAUUAUUGUUUCUAAAGCUGCUGCAACUUAUUGGUUAGCUCUAGCCAUUCAAAUUCCUAAUAUAACCAUUGGCAUGCUGAUUGGUGUUUACACUGCAAUUUCAACACUUAGUGCUGUCUUUGUGUAUCUAAGGACAUGCUUUGCAGUCCAUAUGGGAUUAAAAGCUUCUAGAGCCUUUUUCUCUGGUUUCACUGAGGCUAUCUUUAAGGCUCCCAUGCUGUUCUUUGACUCAACCCCCGCUUCAUCAGAUUUAAGUAUUUUGGAUUUUGACAUACCUUUCUGCAUUAUCUUUACUGUCUGUGCUGUCAUUGAACUGCUGACAACGUUUGCAAUUAUGGCUUCUGUCACGUGGCAAGUUCUCAUUGUAGGCAUUCCAGCCAUGGUUGCUGCAAAACAUGCUCAGGGUUAUUAUCUAGCCUCUGCUAGGGAACUAAUAAGAAUCAAUGGAACAACCAAAGCUCCUGUUAUGAAUUAUGCAGCCGAAACAUCACUCGGAGUGGUCACCAUUAGAGCUUUUAAAAUGGGAAACAGGUUCUUCCACAACUACUUAAAGCUAGUUGACACAGAUGCCAGACUGUUCUUUCAUUCUAAUGCAACCAUGGAGUGGUUAAUUAUAAGGACAGAAGCACUUCAGAAUUUGACCUUUUUUGUGGCUGCUUUUUUCCUUGUUUUUCUCCCUAAGGGUUAUGUUGAUCCAGGGCUUGUGGGACUUUCUCUUUCUUAUGGCUUAUCACUAACUGUGACACAAAUUGCCGGGACUCGAUGGUAUUGUAACUUAUCAAACUACAUAAUCUCAGUUGAAAGGAUAAAGCAAUUCAUGCAGAUUUCACCAGAGCCUCCAGAAAUUGUGGAGGACAAGAGGCCACCAUCUUCAUGGCCUAACAAGGGUAGGAUAGAGCUGUAUUCUCUGAAGAUCAAAUACCGCCCAAAUGCUCCGCUAGUUCUCAAGGGAAUUACAUGCACAUUCAGAGAAGGCACUAGAGUAGGAGUUGUGGGAAGGACAGGAAGCGGAAAAACCACACUCAUAAGUGCUUUGUUUCGCUUAGUAGAGCCAGCCAGUGGUAAAAUCAUUAUAGAUGGACUUGACAUCUGCUCUAUGGGUUUAAAAGACUUGAGAAUGAAGCUCAGCAUCAUCCCUCAAGAACCAACUCUUUUCAGGGGUAGCAUCCGAACCAACUUGGAUCCUCUAGGCCUUUACUCCGAUGACGAAAUAUGGAGGGCUCUAGAGAAGUGUCAGCUCAAGGCAACAGUCAGUAAGCUACCUAAUCUGCUAGACUCAUCUGUGAGUGAUGAAGGGGAAAACUGGAGCGCCGGACAACGCCAGCUCUUUUGCCUUGGCAGAGUCCUUCUCAAGAGGAACAGAAUUCUAGUUUUAGACGAGGCUACGGCAUCCAUUGAUUCUUCGACAGACGCCAUUCUGCAGAGAAUCAUCAGGCAGGAAUUUUCAGAAUGCACAGUGAUAACUGUGGCUCACAGAGUUCCAACCGUUAUAGACAGUGACAUGGUCAUGGUCCUCUCCUAUGGGAAGCUGGUGGAAUAUGAAGAGCCUGCAAAGCUGUUGGAUACCAACUCCUACUUCUCCAAGCUUGUAGCUGAAUAUUGGUCAAGCUGCAAGAGAACCUGA